AUGCCUGAAGCAAUUAUGCCUCCCCAUAAGCGGGUACUGGGUGAUGCGGUCAACAAUACCGCCGGGAUCACCAAGUCCCCAAGUGUGCUCAAGAAACGAAAGCUUGACACAGAGCCCUCAGUAUCAUUUACACAGUCAUCCCAGACGGCGCGCCGGAAGAUUGGCUCUACGCAACCCCAGAAAAGUCAAUUCGAGGAGGAAGUCCUUGAAAAGUUAACGCAGGAUAUCGGCGAGCUGAAAGGAAGUAACUCGGAGACAGACCAACAGUGGGAGCGUCCACCUGUUGAGAACUUUGAUGAGACGAAAGAAAACAUUUGUUUCCAGCAGAUUGAUGCUGAGGAAUCUGUGCUGAUGGGAAAGCCUGCCAUCCGACUGUUCGGUGUCACCGAGGUUGGACAAUCCGUUUGUCUUCACGUUACCGGUUUCGAGCAUUACCUUUACAUCGCGGCCCCCGUUAGCUUCACGAAAGCCGAUUGCGACCCCUACAAGCAUUUCCUCGAACAAAAGUUGGGGCAGAGCUAUACGGCCAUCUCUUCUGUGCAGCUCACGAUGCGUGAGAAUAUCUACGGAUUCCAGGGAAAUCAGAAAAGUUAUUACAUCAAGAUUACCGUCACGGAACCGAAGUUGGCAGCCCGGCUACGAAGUGCGCUGGAGAGCGGCAGCGGGAGCAUGAAUUACAAGGGCAUGUGGGGCAGCUCAGAUGGCAUUCUCACAUUUGACAAUAUUCAAUACCUCCUCCGGUUCAUGAUUGAUACCGGCCUGGCUGGCAUGGCAUGGGUGGAGGCAAUGGCCGGAAAAUACCGCCUUCUUGGCCCGCGCGAGCAACUGUCAAAUUGCCAACUUGAAGCCGCCGUUGAUUAUCAUGAUAUGGUCGCACAUCAGCCAAACGGAGAAUGGGCAAAGAUGGCGCCCCUCCGUGUGCUCUCCUUUGAUAUCGAGUGCGCAGGCCGGAAAGGUAUCUUCCCAGAGCCUAAUCAAGACCCGGUCAUCCAAAUUGCCAAUGUGGUCACCAGAUACGGAGAGUCAAAGCCUUUCAUCAGAAAUGUCUUUGUUCUCGAUACCUGCAGUCUGAUCGUCAACACCCAGAUUUUGGAGUUUCAAAAGGAGGAGAAGAUGCUCGAUGCCUGGCGCGAUUUCGUGGAGAAGGUGGACCCGGAUGUAAUCAUUGGUUACAACAUUGCCAACUUCGAUUUCCCCUAUCUACUUGACCGCGCCAAGCAUCUGAAAUGCACAGGCUUCCCUUAUUGGACCCGGCUGAAGGGUUGCAAGACUGAGGCCAAGGAUGCCAACUUUUCAAGCAAGCAAAUGGGCAACCGAGACACAAAAGCCACAAACACCAACGGUAGAAUUCAGCUUGAUCUUCUUCAGUUGGUCCAGAGAGAUCACCAGCUGAGAAGUUACACACUCAAUUCGGUAUCCUACGAAUUCUUGAAAGAGCAGAAAGAAGAUGUCCACCACACGAUGAUUACUGAACUUUUCAACGGUACUCCUGAUUCACGGCGGCGACUGGCCGUGUAUUGUCUGAAAGAUGCAUAUCUCCCACAACGUUUGAUGGACAAAUUGAUGUGUCUGGUCAACUACACGGAAAUGGCAAGGGUCACGGGUGUGCCUUUCAACUUCCUCCUGUCUCGUGGACAGCAAGUGAAGUUCAUCAGCCAGUUGUUCCGAAAAGCAUUAGAACAACAGCUCGUCAUUCCAAACUCUAAGCCCCAGGAUGAGCAAGACUACGAAGGUGCCACUGUCAUUGAGCCCAUUCGAGGAUACUAUGGUGUGCCAGUCGCGACCCUCGAUUUUGCUUCACUAUAUCCAUCUAUUAUCCAAGCGCACAACCUUUGUUAUACAACAUUGCUCAACAAGAACAGUGUCGAGAAGCUCAACCUCAAAAAAGACGAAGAUUACAUUGUCACACCAAACGGAGACAUGUUCUGCACAACCAAAGUUCGCAAGGGGCUCCUGUCCCAGAUUCUCGAGGAACUGCUGGGAGCAAGAAAGCGCGCGAAGAAAGAGUUAGCUACAGAGACUGAUAGCUUCAAAAAGGCUGUGCUCAACGGUCGUCAGCUCGCUUUGAAGGUCAGCGCCAACAGUGUUUACGGUUUGACGGGUGCCACAGUUGGAAAGUUGCCUUGUCUUCCCAUCGCUAGUUCAACAACCAGUUAUGGUCGCCAGAUGAUUGAAAAGACGAAGCAGGAAGUGGAAGCGCGCUACACCAUCGCCAAUGGAUAUUCCCACGAUGCCCAGGUCAUCUACGGUGACACCGAUUCCGUCAUGGUCAAGUUUGGCGUCACUGAAUUAGCUGAAGCGAUGAAACUUGGACAGGAAGCAGCAGACUAUGUCUCUUCCAAAUUCAUCAACCCCAUCAAACUUGAGUUCGAGAAGGUAUACUUCCCGUAUCUUCUCAUCAACAAGAAGCGCUACGCUGGACUCUACUGGACCAAUCCCGACAAGCAUGAUAAGAUGGAUACCAAGGGUAUUGAGACAGUCCGACGUGACAAUUGCUUGAUGGUUCAAAACGUUAUUGAGACGGUGCUGAACAAGAUCUUAAUUGACCGGGAUAUUGAUGGCGCACAAGACUACGUCAAAGCAACCAUCUCAGACCUUCUUCAAAACAAGAUCGAUAUGUCGAAACUAGUCAUCACAAAGGCAUUGUCUAAGCGCAAGGAGGACUAUGCUGGCAAGCAAGCUCACGUCGAACUUGCUGAGCGCAUGCACAAACGUGACGCGGGUUCUGCACCAACACUCGGUGACCGUGUGGCCUAUGUCAUGAUCAAGGGCGCCAGUGACUCCAAGGGCUACGAACGCGCAGAAGACCCCAUCUUCGUCUUGGAGAACAACAUUCCCAUCGAUACCAAAUACUACCUCGAUAAUCAGCUGGCGAAUCCGCUGGGCCGUAUUUUCGAACCUAUUCUGGGGGAGAAGAAGGCAGGUCAGCUGCUCACUGGAGAGCACACACGUUCUAUCUCCAAAGCAGCCUCCAGCUUAGGUGGUCUGAUGAAAUUCGCGAAGAAAACUCAGACUUGCAUGGGUUGCAAAAAGCCUCUCGCAAGCAACGAGGAAUCAGAAGGCGCGGUCUGCGUCAACUGUCGUCCCCGAUUAGGUGAACUCUACACCAAAACUCUGACCAAGACUUCUGAUUUGGAGGUCCGGUUCGGACGGUUGUGGACUCAGUGUCAACGCUGCCAAGGUAGUCUGCAUUGCGAAGUCAUCUGUUCUUCUCGAGAUUGCCCGAUCUUCUACAUGCGCAUGAAAGCAAAGAAAGAUGUCGAAGACGCACAGAAGGACUUGUCGCGAUUUGACCUCGAUGCUGGGGCUUGGUAA